GGAGACAACUGGCUUAACAGAUGUACAAAAUGGAGGAUAUGACAGUACAGAAGUCUCCAGAAAGUUGUGCAUGUAAAGAGGUGAACUUGGAAGAAGGAAGGCAUUCUAAGAAAAAAGAAAACCUGGUGCUACACAGUAGCCUCCUUUUCAUGGAAAGUGUGGACAUUAAGAAAGAACGCAGUGAAUGGAAAGCCACACAUCAUCAGCUGGGAAGCCUUGGAAUUAAAAGGGAGGCUUGUGAAUGGGGGUCAGUAAACAUUAAGGUUGAAUCUGAACCAGGAUCUUUUAGCAUUAACAUGCAAAAAAAUGAAGUUGUGAACAACAUUAAGGAGGAAGCCAUCACUUCCGAGUCUCUGUCUCAGUCUGUGUGUCUUGAUAAAGAGGUCUCUCAGUUAGACUUUACAUUAAGCACCGACCAUAUUCUACAGCCUCAUCCUGAGCAGGUCAAAUCGGAGUGUGACAUGAAGAGGACUGAGAAGGCGUCAUGUUCAAGUCAUUCUAGAGAAGAUUUACAGCAGAAUGGUUGUGUCUUUCCACCACCUUUUAUUCAGACCUCACCUCAGUUCAGACCACAAGAGCCACUGCAUGAUGAAAAUAUGAAGAAACUAAAAUGUGGAUCAGAGAUUUUAACACCAACAACUGUACAUGAUAUUUAUUCGCACACUAUGGAAUUUGCAAGAACUGACACAAUAAAUAUUCAACAACAGGUACAAACUAAUUCAGCAGCUGUGUAUGUCUCUGAAGAUUUGAAGAACACAAUUCAAUGCAAAUCUGAACACAAAGAUGAACAGAAGAGUUGUAUAAAACGGGAACUAUUUUGCUGUUCUGAAUGUGGAAAGCAGUUCUCCACAAGUAACCGUCUUCAGACUCACACAAGAGUUCACACUGAAGAGAAGCCAUAUUGCUGUUCUGAGUGUGGCAAACGUUUCUCCCAGAAUAGCAAUCUUAAGACCCACUUAAGAAUCCACACUGAGGAGAAGCCAUAUUCCUGUUCUGAUUGUGGCAAAAAAUUCUUGCAAGUAAGCCAUCUUCAGUCUCACACACGAAUGCACACUGGAGAGAAACCAUAUUGCUGUUCUAAAUGUGGCAAACAUUUUUACAAGAGCAAUGAUCUUCAGGUCCACAUGAGAAUUCAUACUGGAGAGAAACCAUACAGCUGUUGUGAAUGUGGUAAACAAUUCAUCACCAGUGCCAAGCUUCAGAUCCACACAAGAAUUCACACUGGAGAGAAGCCAUAUUGCUGUCCUGAUUGUGGCAAACAAUUCUCACGAACAAACUAUCUUCGUAUUCAUAGGAGAAUUCACAGUGGUGAGAAGCCAUAUUGUUGUUCUGACUGUGGAAAACAGUUCACUCAAAUAGGUAAUCUUCAGAUUCACACAAGAACUCACACUGGACAGAAACCAUAUUGCUGCUCUGAAUGUGGUAAACAAUUCACCACCAAUAGCAGUCUUCAAACCCACCAAAGAAUCCACACUGAAGAGAAACCAUAUUGCUGUUCUGACUGUGGCAAACAAUAUUCACGAAUGAACUAUCUUCAUAUCCACCGGAGAAUUCAUACUGGAGAAAAACCAUAUUGCUGUUCUGAAUGUGGCAAACGUUUCACAGCCAAUAGUAGUUUUCAGACCCACAGAAGAAUCCACACUGAAGAGAAGCCAUAUUGCUGUUCUGAAUGUGGCAAGCGAUUCUCCACUAGUAGCGAUCUUAAAAAACAUUUACGAAUUCACACCGGAGAGAAGCCAUUUUGUUGUCCUGAAUGUGGCAAACGAUUCACGACCACAAGCACUCUUCAAACCCACAAAAGAAUUCACACUGGGGAGAAACCAUAUUGCUGUUCUGAUUAAUGUGGAAAAAUGUUCUCAAAUAAGAGCAACCUUCAAGUGCACAAAAAAGUUCACACUGGGGAAAAGCCAUAUUGUUGUUCUGAAUGUGGCAAACGAUACACUGAAAAACGCAAUCUUCAGAUCCACACAAGAAGUCACACUGGGGAGAAGCCAUAUUCCUGUAAAGAAUGUGGCAAACAAUACUCUGACAAAAGCUAUCUCCAGACUCACAUGAGAAUUCAUACUGGAGAGAAACCCCAUUGCUGUUCUGAAUGUGGCAAGCGAUUCUUAAAAUUUACCAUUCUUCAAAUCCACAUGAGAAGUCACACUGGGGAAAAACCAUAUUGCUGUUCUGAAUGCGGCAAACAAUUCUCUGAUAAACGCAAUCUUCAGAUCCACACUAGACUUCACACUGGAGAGAAGCCAUAUUCCUGUUCUGAGUGUGAAAAACGUUUUAACAACAGGAGUAGUCUUUGGAAACACAAAAAAAUUCAUGCUGGAGAGAAGCCAUAUGCCUGUUCUGAAUGUAACAAACGAUUCUUAGACAUAAGUGCUCUUCAGACCCACGCAAGAAUUCAUACUGGUGAAAAGCCGUAUUGCUGCCUGGAAUGUGGCAGACGAUUUGCAGAAAAACGCAAUCUUAAGAUGCACGCAAGAAUUCACAGUGAAGAGAAACCAUUUUGCUGUUCGGAAUGUGGCAAGCGAUUCUGUGACAAACGUCUACUUCAGACUCACACCAUAAUUCACACAGGAAAGAAGCCCUAUAGUUGUCCAGAAUGUGGCAAACGAUUCUCCAGAAGUACCCAUCUUCAGACUCACAUGAAAGUUCACACUGGUGAGAAGCCGUAUAGCUGUUUGGAAUGUGGCAAACAAUUCUCACAAAUGAACACUCUUCAUAUCCACACUAGAAUUCACACUGGAGAGAAGCCAUAUUGCUGUUCCGAGUGUGGCAAAAGUUUCACUGAUAAACGCAAUCUUCAGGUCCAUACUCGAAGUCACACUGGAGAGAAGCCAUAUAGUUGUUCAGAAUGUGGCAAACGAUACUCUGACAAACGCAAUCUUGAGACCCACACUAGAAUUCACACUGGAGAGAAGCCAUAUUGCUGUUCUGAUUGUAGCAAAGGAUUUUCCAACAUUAGCAGUCUUUGCAGACACAAAAGAAUUCACACUGCAGAGAAGGAGCAAUGGUCUAUCGUGAACUCUCCCACCCUGUGCAUUGACAAUAAUGGUACUACUGGCUAGACAGCAGACAGAAAAAAAAUCUCCAGAAGAAAACAAAAACAAAUGGCAAAUGGAAAUUAGGAAGAUGUAGAUCUGCAGUUACCCUGUGUUGUAAAAGGCUUAACAGAGGUAAACUGAGAACUAGGGAAGAACCCUUAAUCAUGCCCAGUCAUGGAAGUGGCCUGUGCAGUAGGUUGUUCAGGGUAAUAAUAGUGUCAAAAAAAAAAAAA